GAGAGAGAGAGUCCCCAUUUCGAAAAAUCCCCAACUCCCACAACCUAACCCCCGAAUGCUAAUUUUAGCGCCAAAAAACACAAAUGCUCCACUCUCAUCCUCUGCUCCACCUCAAACCUCCGCCAAAUCCUUACCCGACCCGAAUACUCUCCUCCCUUCGAUUCCACAUCCCGACCGAACUCACAUUUUCCGGGCCGGGUCUCCCGAAUCGACACCUCCAGGUUUUUCCUCUUCUACACUCAUCGCCGCUGAAAUACUCGUCUGAUGAUAAUGUCACGGCCACCGCCGAAGAUUUCAAUGUUGAAUUGGGUCGGCUGCUGGCGCUUUUGCCGGAGGAGAUGCGGCGCAGGGUGAACGAGCACCCCGAGCUCCAGGAUUUGAUUGAGGUGGUCAUGGACUUGGGACGAAAGCCUCUGGCUAGGUUUCCGUCGGGGGAUUUCGUCUUGUCCGAGCACCCGAUUACCACUGAGGAAAUCCAACAUGCCGUUUCGCAGGUCGGGGAUUUUGCCGUUGAUAAUCGAGCUGGAAUUAGCAGAACAUUGCACCGGAUUAGCGCCAUUAGAAAUAGGAAAGGUGCAAUCAUUGGUUUAACUUGCCGCGUUGGUCGCGCUGUGUCUGGAAGUGCUAACUUAUUGCGUGAUUUAGUUAAAGAUGAGGCUUCCAUACUACUUAUUGGACCUCCGGGGGUGGGAAAAACCACAAUUAUCAGGGACAUAGCUCGUAUGCUGGCAAGUGAGUAUGAGAAGCGUGUAAUGAUUGUUGACACCUCAAAUGAAAUUGGGGGUGAUGGAGAUAUUCCACACUCCGGAAUAGGAAAUGCUCGAAGGAUGCAAGUCCCACAUACUGAUGUGCAACAUAAGGUACUGAUAGAAGCUGUUGAAAAUCAUAUGCCACAAGUGAUUGUGAUAGAUGAAAUUGGCACAAAGCUUGAAGCUAUGGCUGCAAGUACGAUUGCACAACGUGGAAUUCAGCUUGUUGCAACUGCUCAUGGAAUAACCAUCGAAAAUUUAGUGAUGAAUCCUGCUUUAGAGAUGCUUGUUGGUGGAGUACAGAGUGUCACAUUAGGAGAUGAAGAGGCAAGUAGAAGGGGUGUUCAAAAAUCCGUGUUGGAGAGGAAAGGGCCAUCAACAUUCAGUUGCGGGGUGGAGAUAAUUACUAGGACAGAAUUACGAGUCCAUCGUAAUUUAGAAGAGACAGUGGAUGCUUUACUUUUAGGCCGCAACCCAAAUUAUGAGAUUCGAAAGAUAAAUCAGGGGUCAACAGACGAAUUUGGACCAAUAUUACACAGGCAUGAUUUAUUUGAGACAAGCAGGGAAAGUCGGGUUGAAGAUAGUUCAGAAAUAAACGAUGGAUCCCCAUGCUAUGACAAUGUUGUCUCGGAAGAGGAUUCUUCUAAAGAGGAUGAUGCCAUCUGUAUAUUUCUUUAUGGGAUAUCGGAGGCGAGUGUUGUACAAGGGAUGAAACAGUUGAAGCUAGAUGAUACAAUUGAAUUUACAGACAACAUCAGUGAAGCAGAUGUCUUAUUAGCAUUGCAGUCCAAGCUCAAAAAGAAUUCUCGUCUUCAAGCUGCUACAAGAUCUCGUGGCAUACCUAUUUAUAUCAGCAAGACUAGCUCUUUGGCUCAGAUAACAAAGGCCAUGCAAGCUUUAAUGUCCGAUUAUGCCGAUGGUUUUGACUUAUAUGAAUCAGAAGUUAAGGCAAAUGACUCAGAGAAAAUUGAUGCUUUGGAGGAAGCACGGAUUGCGGUCGAGCAAAGAGUAAUGCCAGAAGGGGAGCCAGUCGACCUGCUUCCCCGCCCAUCAAAUAUAUUGUUGCUUCAGAAGAAACUCAUUCGUAAAUAUAAUCGUAAAACCGAAAGAGUAGAAUCUGAGAUCGGUGUGCGGCUCAGAAUCCUCCCCCUCGAGAGUACAGUAGAUGAAGAUGAUCAUGAAGGUGAAGAACCUGAUGAUGAUGGUAGCAUGUUUGGAGAGUUAUACGGGUUAAACGACAACACAAAUGGGUCUGUCUUUGGUGUUGAUAGAUUACCUCUCCUUCCUGACUAGAGCAGUGCAAAAUAAAAAAGAAGACUACAAAAACACAGGUGGAGAAAACGUCGACAUCCAAAGUAUUGUCCGUACGAGAAUGAGGUUUGCUCCGAAAACAACAUUUGUAAGGUAUUGAAGUUGCACUUUCGACUUAUUUCCAGUAUGCACUUGUACAUAUAUAUUUCUAAAACUAUCUCCUAUGCAUUUCGUUUGGGCGAGCGAGUACAGAAACGAAAAACCUUCACUAAUCGAGUAAAACUGUUUAGUGAUGGAAAUGAAAACCGCUUUCAAAAAUCCAUCUGCACUUGUUUAUUUUUAUAUAGUAUAGCUUUUUGUUGUGUUUGGUGCUUUGUGCAGACCAAAUCAAACAUGAGGAUCACAAAAUAUGUUUUAAGUGCACAUUAAGCACUUGUCUUAAGAAAUCUAAUGUCCAAUAUAAAGCACUCAUCCUUUCUGCUAA